AUGGAUGCGAGCCAGCUCAAGCUCGAUGAAGACGAGCAAAUGCGUGGGGCCAUCGAGAGUGGCUUGUCCGCAUCGGCGCUCGGUACGAACUUCUGUGUGGUAACGAUGCGAAUCGAUGCGCUAGAGCAAACUGAACGGAAGGCGCCGGCCAAAGCGGCUGUAACGGGGUGA